UCCGGAGCAGCAUGGCGGCCACGGAGGAAGAGAAGCUGGUGGGGAGCGGAGAGGGAGAGCGGCUGGAUUUCCUGCGGGACCGUCACGUGCGGUUCUUCCAGCGCUGCCUCCAGGUCUUGCCGGAGCGGUAUUCUUCGCUGGAGACCAGCAGGUUGACAAUUGCAUUCUUUGCACUCUCGGGGCUGGAUAUGUUGGAUUCCUUAGAUGUGGUGAACAAAGAUGAUAUAAUAGAGUGGAUUUAUUCCUUGCAGGUCCUUCCCACAGAAGACAGGUCAAAUCUAAAUCGCUGUGGUUUCCGAGGCUCUUCAUACCUGGGUAUUCCAUUCAAUCCAUCAAAGAACCCUGGAACAGCUCAUCCUUAUGACAGUGGACACAUAGCGAUGACCUACACUGGCCUUUCGUGUCUAAUUAUUCUUGGAGAUGAUCUAAGCCGAGUAGAUAAAGAAGCGUGCCUAGCAGGCUUGAGAGCACUUCAGCUUGAAGAUGGGAGUUUUUGUGCUGUUCCUGAAGGCAGUGAAAAUGACAUGAGGUUUGUGUACUGUGCCUCCUGUAUUUGCUAUAUGCUCAACAACUGGUCAGGCAUGGAUAUGAAGAAAGCCAUCAACUACAUUAGAAGAAGUAUGUCCUAUGACAAUGGGCUGGCACAGGGAGCAGGCCUUGAAUCUCACGGAGGGUCCACCUUUUGUGGCAUUGCAUCACUGUGCCUGAUGGGUAAAUUGGAAGAAGUCUUUUCAGAAAAAGAACUAAACAGGAUAAAGAGGUGGUGUAUAAUGAGGCAGCAGAAUGGAUACCAUGGAAGACCUAAUAAGCCUGUUGACACCUGUUACUCAUUCUGGGUGGGAGCGACUCUAAAGCUUCUGAAAAUUUUCCAGUACACUAACUUUGAGAAGAACAGGAAUUACAUCUUAUCAACUCAAGAUCGCCUUGUGGGGGGAUUUGCCAAAUGGCCAGACAGUCAUCCAGAUGCUUUGCACGCAUACUUCGGGAUCUGUGGCCUGUCCCUAAUGGAGGAGAGUGGAAUCUGUAAGGUUCAUCCUGCUCUGAAUGUAAGCACACGAACUUCUGAGCGCCUUCGAGAUCUCCAUCAAAGCUGGAAGACCAAGGACUCUAAAGAGUGCUCAGAGAAUGUCCAUAUUUCCACUUGACUGACCUUGGGGUAAUGGGUUUGUAGCAUAACUGUAGCUCAAGGUUAAAAGCCAUGUGUAACCAAGUGUGCUCUUUUUUAAAGGGGUAGUCUUAAGUCAAAGCUUGUACUGCUAACACUUCCACUGUACUGGAUUUAAAGAAAAUUCUUGUUGAAGUUGGGAACCUCAGCAGGACUCUGUUGUGGUUCUUAAAUGUUUAUAGUGUGUUUCUGAGAGGUUUCUUGGGACAGAUUUACCAAAUGUAUGUAGGUUAUCUUCUUAAAACCCUUCAGUACAAGUACUGGCUUACAAAAUGGAUACAAAUCUUCAAGUUUACACUUCAUAUGGCAUUGAUAAUCUUCAGGUGAGCAUUUAGUGAUCACUUAAAAAAUCUCUACUGCUGAUGGGAAGAAAUUUGCUUUAUUGAAUUAAGUAUAUUGAGUUUUUCUUUAAAAAUAGAUGGUCUCAUAAUUUUCUUCAAGAAUAACGUAUUUUGUGUUAUUCUUAAGAUGUGCCAACUAGACUUGUGUAAGCUAUACAGAUGAAACAGAAGUUCAUAGUAAGAAAAAAUAGGCUUAACUAAUACUAUAGUUUUCUAAAGAGAGAGUACUGUGUAACUGAGGGAGAAGGUCAUGUAAUUAUGAAUGAGAAGGGUCUGUCUUGUGUCUUUAUUAUUGGUUCCUUGGGUGAGUACCUGUUGUGUUUUGUUUUAAUCCCAAAUCAUUGGCUACCUUUUGUCAGGGACAAGGGAAGAAAUAAUCUUUGCUGUCUAGAAAAAAGAUAUUCAGUGUUCUAUUCUGAGGUUCAUAACACUGUAAAUUAUACUUGUAUGGUUAUAACUGAGUUCUUUUUAGUUGCUUCGAUUUUCUUUUUUUUCCUUUUCAGUAUUUUGUAGCCACUAUAGUUAGCUGCUUUAUCUCCCACCAGGUUGAGCAUCCUUAAUCCAAAAUUUAUUAUCUGGGCCAGGCAUAGUGGCACAUGCCUUUAAUCUCAGCUCUUGGGAGGCAGAGGCAGGCAGAUCUCUGUGAGUUCAAGGCCAUCCUGGUCUGCAUAGUAAGUACCAGACCAGACACAGCUGCAUAGUGUGACCCCAUCCUGAACUGAAAAAACAAAACAGCAACAAAAAUAAUAAAAUCCACUAUCUGAAAUGCUCCAGAAUCUGAAUUUGUUGACUGACAGCAUGACACAAUUGGAAAAUUCCACCACCUCAUGCAACAGGUCACAGAUGAAUUUCAGGGACACUGUAAAUAGUAUAUAAAACUACUUGAAAUUACUGAGUAAAGUGUAUGAAAUAAAUGCAUUCCAUGUUUAGACUCGGAUCAUAUCCACAAGGUAAAGUGUAUAUGUAAAUAUUCGAAAAAUCUGAAAACAGAAUUGAAAAUCUGAAACAUUAUGUUUGGUUCCAAGCAUUUUGGAUAGUGAUACUCAACCUGUAAAUAAUUUUCUAAUAUUUUCAAGUUUGAUAAAUCUUUAAAUAUAAACAGAACCACUGAGGUAUACAUAGUCAUUUAUAUUUUUAUAUUUUUGGCUACGUGGGAGGGAAAUAUAUCCAUCUAGAGGGGAUAAAUUAUGGUUUCACUUAUUCAUUGUCUUGUUUUAUUGUCUUAAUUCUGUGAACUAACAACCAAAAGAAACUGGUGUAAAAAUCUUUGUUAGCAAUCAGCUUGUCAAUAAAUCACAUCUAUGACUUGGUGACAAGAAGGAAAUUUCUUCAUUAGAGGAAAUGAGUGUGUUAGUCUUGCUAGUAAUAAAAGUUGUAUUAUUAAUCUACAGACAUCAUUGUAAAAGCUAAAUUAUCAGUGUCACUGGGUAGAUAAUAGCAUUUUCAUUAUUUCCUAAACUGAAGAGACAUUUCCUAAAUAAAAAAUACUUCUAAAGGGAAACUGAGCAUAUGAUUAAAAAGAAUGCAUCGCUUAGUUUUAGAACUGACUUUGCAAAGUCAAAUGAAAAGUGCUGGGAGUCUAGCUCACUAAAUGGUUUGCCCAAGAUCCUGGGCUCCCUGGCUUUGAUCCUUGGCCCCCAAACUAACAAACCAACCAAAUCCUCAUUAGAGAGAAAUCUUCCAGUGGUGGAGAGAAAAGCUUUACCAACAAAUGUUAUCCUCCCAGGAGUUGUUCCAGUUGCUUCUGUUUAAAUCCAAGCAAGUAACAACAGUCCUGCCUCAAACUGAGUUCUCUCUUAGCCACUAAGAACUGAAACAGCGUGUAUGAAAAUGCUCUAGGUGUGUAUCAGGAGCCAGUGUUUUCCCUGAGUUGCUGCUGUCAAUUGUUGGAAGGUAGGAAAAUUGGUUAUUAAUAAAGAGAAGAUUUAUAACAGAAAA